CAAAGGGGCUCUCACAUUGACACCUCAAAGAUGGAGGAAGUGAAGCUAUUGGGAUCAUGGUCAAGUCCAUUUAGUUGCAGAGUCAUAUGGGCUCUGAAACUAAAGGGCAUACCUUACCAAUAUGUAGAAGAAGAUCUUUCCAACAAAAGUCCUCUGCUUCUACAGUACAACCCAGUUCACAAGAAGAUCCCAGUGUUUGUCCAUGGUGGAAAACCAAUUUGUGAGUCUAUGGUUAUCCUUGAAUACAUAGAAGAGACAUGGCCACACAACCCCUUGCUGCCAAACAACCCAUACGAUAGGGCUAGCGCUCGAUUUUGGGCUAAAUUUGUUGAAGAUAAGGGUAUAAUAAUUUGGACAAUGUUUCGAACCUCCGGGGAAGAACAUGAAAAGGCCAGGCAGGGUAGCUUGGAAAUGCUGAGAACCAUAGAAGAACAUGCCCUUGGCGACAAGAAGUUCUUCGGCGGAGAGAAUGUUGGAAUGGUGGACAUAGCCUUGGGAUGGAUUGCUUACUGGUUGGAAGUCAUGGAAGAGAUAAUAGGUGUGAAGUUGCUAGAAGCAGAGUCAUUCCCUCGCUUGCAUUCAUGGAAAAAAAAUUUCAAGGAAGUGUCUGAGAUCAAAGAAAACCUUCCUGAUCGAGACAAGAUGAUUGUGUUGUUCAAGCAUCUGAGGGAGAUGUUACUGUCAUACUGACAUCUCUAUGAAAGAAAAACUUCCUACUUUCAACAAGAUGUUCGUGUUUUUCAAGCAUCAGUGGAAGAUGUUACGGGUAUCUCUAUGACAGUUGUAGUAGUGUGAUGUUGGUUUUUGGUCUAUGUUAAAUUUCUGUGUUUUUCAAGCAUCAGUGAGUGGAAGAUGUUACUGGUAUCUCUAUGACAGUUGUAGCAGUGUGAUGUUGGUUUUUGAUCUAUGUUAAAUUUCUCUGUUUGGUCAAUGGCCUGUGUUUCUGUUUGGUGAAGGGCUUUAGUGGUUGGUGCCUGGUGGGUGUAUUGCCUGGGACUAUUGAGCACAUAAUAUCUAAAUAAUAGUUAAUUGUGUUUUUAAAAA